AUGAAUUUAGCAUUACGAAAUUAUCCUGUAAAACUCGAAUCAAAAUUUCAAGAUGGUUCAAUACAUUGUAUUUGUUUUAAUCAACAAGGUACCAUGUUGGCAAGUGGUUGUUCUGAUGGAUAUUGUAAAGUUUGGGAUGCACAAUCAAUGAGCAUUGUUCAUAAAAUGAAAUGUCACAUCUCAACUGUUACUAGUGUAAGCUGGUCGCAUAAUGGACGAUAUUUGCUUUCUUCUGGUGAAGAUAACAAAUGUGUUUAUUGGGAUCUCAAGGAAAAUACUCAAAAAUGGAUUAAAUUUUCUGGGACUGUACUAAUGGCACAAAUGCAUCCUAGAAAUAAUCGUGUGUUUGUUGCAACAGUAUCUCAAGAACCGGCGUUAAUUGUAGAAAUUACUAAUGAGAAAAUCAAAAGAUUUUACCUACCAAAUUAUAUGAAAGAAAAACCCAAUAUUACACCUGAUACAAAUAAUAAUAGUGGUGGAGAAGAAUCAACAUCUAACAAUGAUUCAAAAAAGGGUAAGCGUAUCAUAGCAGGAACUAAUAAAGGACAUUUUCAUUUGGCAAUACGUAAUAUAUCAAUUAGUCGUAAUGGGAAAGAUGUUGUGGUAAAUGUUUCCGAUAAAACAAUACGUCUUUAUUGUUUAGAUGAAAAUGGAAUACAUAAUUCUGAAUUACAAUUUUCUGAAACUGUUAAUAAAGAUAAUUGGAAUCAAUGUUGUUUUAAUCAAGGUGGUGAUUAUGUGAUUGGUGGUUCCGGAAAAUUAGCAGCACAUCAAAUAUUUAUAUGGGAUAGGAGAACCACAAGACUAGUUCAAGUUUUAGAAGGACCAAACGAACAACUAAUAGAUUUAGCACAACAUCCAAUACAACCAACUAUUGUUUCUGCAGACGCUGAUGGAACAAUCUACACUUGGGCAACAAGUCAUAAAGAAAAUUGGGGUUGUGAAAGAGAAUCCAUUGAACAAGGUGAUGACAAUAAUGACAAUGAUGAGAGUGAGGAAUUGAUUGAUGUUUUAAGUAUUGAUAAACCGACUCAAGCAGGAGAAAAUAAUGGUGUGGAAUGUGCUGACUUUAGGAAUUUGUAUACACUUGGUGUGCAUCAAGGUUCUUUUGAUUUAAGUUAUGGAAUUGGAGUUGAUUUAAGCGUAGCAGCAGCAUACCUAUGGCCACCACUGUAUGGUUCUUAUGUUGGAAAUGUUGCUAUUGCAGUCAACACUAGACCAUAUUGUGAAUAUUUGGAAUGGGUUGGCAGUUGA